UGUGGCUGUUGUGUGCUUGAUCAAGACGAUUUUGUCUACGUUCUUUUAACACCGCUCGACUACCGACUACUGUCAUUAGAAACUCACUGACGUUUUUCAAUAAAUGGGUAUAUUGUUUUUAAAACACACACAAUGGGCUUAACAUUAUCAACAGUUUUCACCCGUUUGUUCGGUAAAAAACAAAUGCGCAUACUGAUGGUUGGCUUGGAUGCAGCUGGUAAAACUACCAUACUUUACAAGCUAAAAUUGGGCGAAAUCAUCACAACCAUACCGACAAUAGGAUUCAAUGUUGAGACAGUCGAAUAUAAAAAUAUUGCAUUUACAGUUUGGGAUGUGGGUGGUCAAGAUAAAAUCCGUCCUUUAUGGCGGCACUACUUCCAAAACACCCAGGGACUGAUAUUUGUCRUAGAUUCUAAUGAUCGAGAAAGAGUAGCAGAAGCAGAACGAGAGCUACAUAACAUGUUGCAAGAAGACGAUCUCAGAGACGCYGUAUUGUUAGUAUUUGCGAACAAACAAGAUCUUCCCAAUGCUAUGAAUGUAUCGGAUCUCACUAACAAACUUGGACUGAAUCAACUUCACCAGAGAAAGUGGUACAUUCAGUCUACUUGUGCAACUCAAGGCAAUGGUUUAUAUGAAGGAUUGGACUGGCUGUCAAAUGAACUAGCCAAAUAAAAUAUUGCACAUUGUAUUAACUGAAACAUCCUUUAAUCAUUGUUUAAGAUUAAUUCAUUAAUAGGUUUGAUCUUAAGAAUUUAAAAUAUUUUAUUAUUUAUUUAUUUCCUUGUUUCUAAGGACAUUAUUUUAAUAUUGGGAUAAUAUAG